UGGUGGUGGUGGUGGUGGUGUUUGAAUUCGGAAAGAAGCGUUAGUUGAAUGUGUUAAAACAAAUCAUGGGGUUCACGUCUCUCUCUCUCUCUCUCUCUCUCUCUCAUUUCUUGCUCUCAACUUCUUAAAGUUAUUACAGGUUGAGGUGGUGAUCAUCACUACUCUAAUUCACCUCUCCACCACCUACAAUAAUCCAAUUAUAUAUAUAUAUAUAUAUAUAUAUGUCACACCAACAACAAACCUCUCUCUCUCUCUCUCUCUCUCUCUCUCUCUCUCUCUCUCUUAAUUUGCUUGUCUCUUUGAACUAUGAAAUUCGAGGACUUGUUGAUGCAGCCGGGUGAAGACAAACACACCAAACUCCACCUCCAACAACAGGUAGAGAGAUUGGAGGGAGAGUUGGAAGGGGAACUUCAAGUGAAGAGGGUUUUGCAGUGUGCUGUGCAGGGACCUGUUGGUUGCUGUGAAUCAUGUUCAUGCCUCACUCCUUUGCUUCCUUUCAAGGUUCAAAUGCUUCUAGCAGAGUUGGCGGUGGUGGAAGAAGAGAUCGGUUGGCUGGAGAGAAAGGUUAAUGAAGUCAAGUUGGAUAUCUACCAAGAGAAGCAGCAUAUCAAAGAGUGGGAACUAUUGCAGCUGAAAAAAGGAUUACAGUCACAAAGGGAGCAACGGCAAUUGAGCAAGUUACCGUCUAGACGACCAAACCAGAUACAGCAUAAGGAGUCAGACACACUUUCGACAUCACAAAACUAUGAGCACAGGAGAUACAGAAUUCCAAGAGAAAGAAGAGCCUCCUUGGGUUCUUCAAUGGAACUUCCAAGUGCAAGUUCCCAAGGAAAAUAUGCAGCAGAAACAGAAGAGCAAAGUGGGAGUUCACGAUGCACGAAAAGUCGCGUGGUUCACAGUCCACUAGAUAUAGAAAGUGAAGUUAUAAAUCCCAAUAAGCUCUCAGUAGAACUUAUCAAGUGCUUGAUAAGCAUAUUUCUCAAACUGAACCAAACAACAUUGAAGAGCAAAGAAACGACAAACCUCACAAAACAUACUCUCACAUGCAUCAAUUCAAAAGGCCUGGUGUCCAGAGCUGCAUUCAGCUGCAAAACGCCCGUAUUCCCAUUCAGUCAAAAUGCAACUCAACUUGAUCCAUAUGAAAUAUUGCCUGGACCUGAUGUAAAUAUCAGAGAUAUUGGACCAUACAAGAAUUUCAUACAAAUCACAGAAAGCACACUGGAGGCAAACCGACUUUCUGAAUUUUUUACAGCGGUGGGGAGACUGAGGAUUUUGAUGCAGAAACUCAGCAAAACAAACGUAACUAACUUUACCCACAAGCAGAAGUUGGCAUUCUGGAUCAAUGUUUAUAAUGCCUCCAUAAUGAAUGCAUUUCUACAGCAUGGACUGCCUUCAACACACGAGAAACUACUAGCAAUUACGAAUGAGGCUGCGAUUAAUGUUGGUGGUGUCACAAUUAAGGCUUCCACUAUUGAGCAUUUCAUCCUCCGGCAUCCAGCAGAAGUUAAACAUGAAUUAACUGAUGAGAGGGAAAUGCUUCUAAGGCAUGCUCGUGGUCUUGGCUAUCCAGAACCUAAUGUCACAUUUGCUCUCUGCCGAGGCAACUGGUCAUCACCAGCAUUAAGAUUUUACACACCAGAUGAAGUCAUGAAUGAAUUAGAGAGAGCUAAAGUAGAGUAUCUGGAAGCUUCUGUUGGAGUUACAAGCAGGAAGAUUUUGGUACCAGAGCUCAUGCACAGGCACAUGAAAGACUUUGCUGAUGAUAUGGAAUCCCUUAUUGAAUGGAUUUAUAGCCAACUGCCUCAUUCAAGCUCGUUGAAAAGAUUGAUGAUGGAAUGUCUAAAUGGAGAAGCUCAAUCUCCAUCACAAAAGCUGACAGAAAUUCAGCCUUAUGCCUCUGAAUUCCGCUAUUUGAUUCCCGUAUAACCAAAAAUUCUUCACAGAAGAUAUGAAACCCAAUACAAUUGACAUACAUUGGAGAUUGUCGGACUUUUUAGAUAACCGCUAUUUGAUUCCCGUAUAACCAAAAAUUCUUCACAGAAGAUAUGAAACCCAAU